UUAAAGUUACAUCUUACUCAUGUGCUAAACAUUUGGGUUUUGUUCAUCUCUCUCCUCUCCUCACUUGCUCAAACAAAUUACAGCCUAUCUAUUGUUUCUUCAUCGCUCACACCAACUCAAGCAAAUUACAGUAGAUAUACAUUGUUUCAUCGCAUUGACCUCAGGAACAGACCUAGAGGGCCAGAAGUGAGUAAGCAAGCAGGUCGAGAUUCCCUUAGAUAAGAGCUUAUUCAGAUGGCCAUAUCCCUCAAGUCUGCUUGUUUCCUGCAACAGAGACGUCUCGAGACGCAAUCAUUUCCUGGUUUUUCAUUUUCACCCAGAGUGGUGAACGUUUCUGCAAAAAAACCUUUUACAACAAUGGCAUCCCUUGCUACCGCCCGAGAAGUUGUUGGACUUUCAGAAACAUUCAAUAGAUUGAGGCAGCAAAACAAAGUGGCAUUAAUCCCUUUCAUCACAGCUGGUGAUCCUGAUUUGUCAACCACAGCUGAAGCAUUGAAAGUGCUUGAUUCUUGUGGUUCAGAUAUAAUAGAAGUCGGUGUACCAUACUCUGAUCCUUUGGCAGAUGGUCCUGUUAUCCAGGCUGCUGCUACACGUGCCUUGCUACAGGGGACCAAUUAUGAUGCUGUUAUCUCCAUGCUGAGGAAUGUCGUGCCAGAACUUUCUUGUCCAAUUGCAUUGUUUACAUAUUACAACCCGAUACUCAAGCGUGGUGUUGAGAAGUUUAUGUCCACUAUAAAAGAUGUUGGUGUCCAUGGGUUAGUUGUUCCAGAUGUUCCCUUGGAGGAGACAGAAGUCUUGAGAAAGGAAGCUCUAAGUCAUGGAAUUGAAUUGGUACUGCUGACUACACCAACUACCCCCAAGGAUAGAAUGAAGGCAAUUGUUGAAGCUUCUGAAGGCUUUGUCUACCUUGUGAGCCAAAUUGGAGUUACAGGUGCUCGAUCAGAUGUUAGUGCACGAGUACAAGAACUGCUUAAUGACAUAAAAGAGGCUACUAGUAAGCCUGUGGCGGUUGGCUUUGGCAUCUCAAAGCCCGAGCAUGUAAAGCAGGUGGCCGGAUGGGGAGCUGAUGGCGUGAUUGUUGGCAGUGCCAUUGUGAAGGUGUUGGGCGAAGCCAAUUCACCUGAAGAAGGGUUGAAAGAUCUAGAGAAGUUUAUCAAGUCUUUAAAGUCCGCUCUCGUUUGAGGUUCUUGUAUUACAUGUUGUAGUCCCCUCAGUUAGAGGGCUCAUGUUUGUAGUUAGUCUGGCCAUUUGCAUUAGCAAUAAGUAAUUGUGGGCCAUUAUAUUAUGUUUUAGUGUUUGGUGAGAACAAUACAGUUAAUUAUCCCUUCUGAUUCGAAACUUCAUUAGUUGAUAAUGGUGUCCUUAUAAUCGUAUUGUUGAACUCAUUUAAUUCUUAAUAAAUCCCUUCAACUUAAACA